GACUUCCGGAAUGCCGGCGGAUGUUGGGGUUUGAAUUGUCCGUCAGUUAGAGCGGGCGGUUUCAGCGCGGGGUCGCCGCUGGACCUCGUCGUUGGCCGCGCUGCCCUCGGGGUGAGUAACAUCUUCAGCAGGCGGAGGCUUUCGUCUCGCUGCCGCUGGCCUCUUGAUGCUGCCGGGAGUAGAGAGCUUGAAGAAUUCACUAGAAUGAGUGAGAAUAAUUUUGACAUUCAAAGCCCACGUGCGUUUUCUGUAAUCAAGUUGUGUUGGAACCACUUGCCUUGGAACGAAAAAGAAAGAACUUGUUAGCUUCCUUGGAUUUCUUUGCUGUAAUUGGAAUAUUUGAAAUCUUUUCUGCAGAUGUUUUGAGAAAGUAACCUUGAAUUCAGGUGUUCAGGGAAGAACUUUCUGGUUGUGAGCAAAAUCUUGAGUUUGCUUUGGUGGUAGCCUUCUCCCACAUCAGCAGGCAGGUGGAACCAGUGGAGUAUUUUCAUGCUAGGAACUUGUGUUCUCUGUGGAUGGACAGAUAACUGCCCUGAAAAGUAUGGAGAAAAAAGGACCUACGUAGAAUAUAAUCUCACUCUUCAUAAUUACUGUUUGUUGAUGUCAAGUGGCAUUUGGCAGAGGGGGGAAGAAAAUGAAGGUGUAGAUGGAUUUUUGAUCGAAGAUAUUAGGAAAGAAGUUAACAGAGCUGCAAGACUGAUGUGUAAUAUCUGUAGGAAAAAGGGCGCUUCAAUUGGAUGUGUGGCUCCCAAAUGUAAGCGAAGUUACCAUUUUCCUUGUGGGCUGCAAAAGGAAUGUGUUUUCCAGUUCAUGGAAGACUUCAGAUCUUACUGUUGGGAACAUAAGCCAGUUCAAAUCUUUUCGGAUAAAGAAUCUAGAGAACCUUCGCAGUGUACAAUAUGCCUGGAUUUGGUUGAACAUCUCCCACUGUACAGUGUGUUGAGAAGUCCUUGUUGUAAAAAUACUUGGUUUCAUCGAGAAUGCUUGCAGUAUCAAGCUUUGAGCGCUGGGAUAUUUUUCUUUAGGUGCGCAGUAUGUAAUAACAAGGACAAAUUUCAGAAAGAAAUGUUGAGAAUGGGCAUACACAUUCCAGAGAAGGAUGCAUCUUGGGAACUUGAAGACAAUGCUUAUCAAGACCUACUGCAGUGUUAUCAACACUGUGACAUUAGAAGAUGUCUCUGCAAGAAUGGAAGAGACUAUAACAAACCUGAUAGUAAGUGGGAAAUAAAGCGUUGUCAGUCUUGUGGUUCCCGUGGAACUCACUUGGCCUGUUCAUCCAUUAAAUCAUGGGAGCAAAACUGGGAGUGUGUGGAAUGCAGAAGCAUCUUUGCAAAAGGGAAAUACAGCAAACGGAAAAAGCAUUCUUUGGCUCCCUCAGAAAAGAUGGAUGGGACAACUUGUUUGCUGGAAGAACCAUCUCCAAAGCUUCCUCGGCAGUCACCUGGAUCUCAACGCAACUGUCUUCUCCAAUCACCAAAGAUAAUAUGCCAGAACAACUUGUCACCCUGCUCACUCCUAGAACUUCCAACAUCCAAUAGAGUGGCAAUGUCUUUAUCUCCACUGAUGUCAAACAGGAACUGCUCCCUAAGGAAAAAGCAUUUAAGAAUGCAAAGAAAGGAAGCUUCUAAUAUACUGAAGGAGUUAAAGCAACAAAUUAAUACAAAAACUACAAGACUUAACAUCAAUACAGAAAAUAUCUGGAAGAGUGCUUUAAAAGGAUUUAGACAGCGUAACUUCAGACCUACAAACACCAUUGAAGUGAAGUUCACAAACUGCAAAAACAGAGUAAAAACAGAUUCUUUUACGGGGUCAAAACACCUUUUCUUCCAUUUACUAAUGCUUCAUAUUCAGAAUUCAUCAUUGUUUGAGGGCUCUUCUGCGAAGAACUUGUCUGUUGACCCUCAAGCUCUAAAAGAGAACCUGUAUUUUGAAGCUGGCAAAAUGAUUGCAGUUUCUCUAGUGCAUGGUGGUCCAUCGCCUGGUUUCUUUUCCAAAAUAUUGUUUGAUUGUCUUGUCUAUGGUCCAGAGAAUGUGAAGCCAAAUUUGGAUGAUGUUGCUGAUGCUGGUGUAGCACAGACAAUAAAAAAGAUAAAAUAUUCAGAGAGUCUGUCCAGCCUGCAGUCAACUGUGCAUGACUGUUAUGACUUCCUUGCUGCUGCUGGAUGUUUAAGACCUAUAACAUCUUUGCGUGAUAAGGAUAUGCUGGUGAAUGACUUACUGAUCCAUCACGUAAUCAAAAGAAUUAUUUCACCUUUAGAAAGUUUUAGGCAAGGUUUGAAAACUCUUGGUCUGCUAGAGAAAAUGGAAAUGCAUCCGGAUGCUUUUUCUAGCUUAUUUUGCCACAAGCCUGAAAACCUUUCAGCAGAAGCUCUCUGUGAUCUCUUUACAAUCCAUUCCUCAACAGAUGUAAACAAAGUUGGAGCUGCUGAUUUUUGGAUGGGUUAUUUGCAAGAUGUAGAAAGUGGUGAGUCUGUAGUGACAUUACAGGAUAUUCUAUUCUUCGUAACUGGUUGUUCUUCUAUACCGCCUAUUGGUUUUGAUCCUGAGCCUACUAUUAAAUUUCUGCCUGUACAUUAUCCCAUUGGAAACAGACUCCUUAAUUGCUUAGAACUCCCAAUAACAAGGACAUAUGAGAAUUUUAAAAAUAAAAUGGAAUUCACUAUCAGAAACACAUUAAGAGGCGAGAAAGAAUAAAUAUUUUUUUCUACUAAACCAAUCAUUGGAAACUUCAGUUUUCUGUGGGAGUGUCUGCUGGCAAGGUGCCUUUUUGCCAUGUUUUGAUGGUAUGCUCUGUGUCUUUUACCAUUUGUCCUCCAAAGAUAUGGUGAAAGAAGUACUAAUCUUGUAAAAAUGGAAAACUGUUUUCAGAUGAAAGUCAGUUGAUUUGAGUGGUGGUGGUGGAGGCAUUUUUUCAAUCAUCUCUUUGGUUAGAAAUUGGCUUUUGAAGCCAACAGUCUCUUGCAGUCUUAUUUAAAAUGGGUGUUUUUGUUCUAGACAUACGUGGGAUGUUACCAAACUGUGGAGCAUUUUAGCAGUUUCCUAAAAGUAAGUGGGUUGUAUACACACAAUUUUCAGUCAAAGCAGUUGUUUUGUUUUAAGGUACCUGUUGUAGAGCUUUGUCUCAAGUAAAACUGAUAGAGUGCUUCAGUUCUGUGUUACUAUUGUCAGUUAACUGCUUUCACGUUGAUUCAUUUAUGCUUUGAUUCUUAUAAACCUAUGAAAGUUAAGGUUUAGGCUGUUGUGUUCAAUGCAUUAAAAUGUGAUCAUAAUUUAGAGAAGAUCAAGGCAAAAUAAUAAGGAGCAAGAAGAAAAUCUGGUUGAACUUGAGUUUCUGCUGUUGAACAAAAUCUUUGGCAUUUGCACCGUUAUUGAUUCUGCUGCUAUAUGGUAGCUAUUGUGAUUAUACAUAUAAUUAGGAGCUUGAAGUAGAUCUUUAACAUGCAACUAUAAGUGAUCCUUCAAAAUUUAAUAGAAAAAAUUUGCUUAUUAGAAGAAGAUACUGAAUUUUCUUCCAUGGAAGUCAGUGUUUUCAAAAGAAUAUGCAAAUGAAAGCUACUUGAAUUGCAGGCAGUCUACCAUCAGGCCUGUUAUUAGUGCCUGAUGCUUCUCUAGCUUUUAUUCUAAAUGCUUCCUUUUCAAUUUUAGAUGCGUUUUAAGCAACUGUGUAAAGUGUUCUAAUUCUGCAGUAUUUGUAUAAAUAACAUUAAGCCAUAAACGAUCAGUAGUGAAAUCUCUACGUAGUAACACAACGAUACUAGAUCUGUGAAACUGAAAAAAAGUACAGAUUUAUUUCUAACAUAUGCAGGUCUCUUUUCAGAGUUACAUUUUUUUCUUUACUGUCAGUUUGGUCAUUUAAACUGUAUCCCUAGCAAAGGUCAUUCUGUACAUAUAUACAGAUAGAUAUGUCUGUAUUGCAGCAUUGCUUUCUUUUUCAAUGUUUUGGCCAGAAAGUGCACUUAUAGAUGAUUAUAAAUGGAUAGGUAGUGUAAAAAAAAAAAAAAAGAAAGAAAAAAGAAAAAGAAAGAAAUCUGAAUUAAUCCAGUUUCAAGUUCUUGUUCAUCAAUGAAGUGUAUUAGUGAAUGCCAAAUACGUGGCAGUGUACUGCAACUGAAGACCUGUGUAAGUAGCAGUUGCUUUCACUAAAUAUGGUGGGGCUGUACUGUAAGGUUGAAGACUGGGUGUUGAUAUUAUGCAGUCCAUUUAACAUCAUGUGGGUAUUUUUAAACCCUUCUUAAAUUGCUACAGCAUCUCUUCCUUUUUUUUUAUACAGGCCUAUUUAUCUCACUAGAUAACGAAAGUGUAUGCCACUUACUUUUGCAUUUCACGGUCUAUUAUAAAGUAUUCCAAAACUUAGGCAUUUUUACAUUUCUCAUUUGUUUCAGCAUUCUAAAAGUAAUCUCAUAAAAAGGCUUUCACUUGAAUUUAAGGAAUAUUAUAAAUCAGGGCAGGACUAUUGAUGCUUUCCUGGUUCUGAAGCAUAAGCGUUAUAAAGUCAAACAGAACCUGAAGGUGCUAUAAUAACCUCUUGGAGAAUAUCACUUGGUUCACUUACAUUCCAGGUUUUUUUAUCAUUCUUUUAUGAUUUUUUUUUCUCCAAUAUUAUGCCACAUUUGUCACUUUUUCUGGAUUUCUGAAAGCUAAAUUGCCACUAAAUUCUUAAUUAGCUUCAGAAUAAUCUGUUACCAGCACACAUAAAACAAUCUGUUGCCAAUAGAUUUGCUUAAGGAGGGCCUGUGUUGGGUUCGUUCUUCUUUUUGUUUUUUAACACAAUGAAUCCCCUACAGAUAGGGUAUUUUACUUUAAAAAUGAGUGUACUCAGUGCAGUAUUCUUUUUCCUUGACUAAUUGAGAAAUUAACAUUCUGUAAUAUUAUGGCAUUUUUCUGGACUGGAAGUACUGAACAUGUUGCAAGCAGCAUGUGGAUAAUUUUGAAAGUCAGUUGCUGAAUUUUUGGUACCUGCAGUAGGAAGGGAAACAGUACAGAAAGUGGAACUAAACAAACUGUGUUUUAAAACCUUCAGUAGAUGAAGAAGUAGUAAUGUCAUGUGAACACCAGGCUUCAAAAAGUAUUCAAGAUUAAAAAUAGGGUUCCUUUUAUAGCUUAUCAGUUUUGAGUUCAUCAGUUCAUUUGGUUUUUUUUAUAUAAAGAACUAACCUAUUAGUCAGCUGUGAGAAAAAUCCUGAGUUACAGUAUACAAUAUUAAAGAAGCAUACAAUGCCAUAUCAAAACAUAGAAUUCACAAAGUACUCUAGUCUUUAAUAGUGCAUGUAAACUGAUGGGGAACUUGUUCUCAUUCUCAUUUUCUAAUACUGGAGUGUGUAUCUAAGGUUGUCUUCCCUUCCUUGUCGGUGUGAUUUGCUCUCUCUAGACACUAAUAAAAUUUCUUCUCUGCUUUUCUUUUUCAGCAUGCAUUUAUAGAUGCCAAUCUUAAAUUUACUUCAAAGUUUCUAUUAAAAUUCUGCUAUUGAACAAGCUGACUUCUAAUCCAUAAAAACACAGAAAAGUAUCUUAUUUGAAAACUUCUGGAGCAAUUUCUUUAGCUAUAAUGACCAUCAGAAUUUAAUUGGUAGAAUAGGUCACUGAAGUGCAAUACUAUUGAAUUAUUUCCUUAUUUUACAAAAAUGUUAAUCUGAGGCACAUUGGAAAUCAGGGAAUUUGUUUGAGUAUUUCUGUAACAGAAGAAGAACGAACAUGUAUGCAUUAGUGGUUGCAUGUUCUUCUGUUUCAGUAGAAGUUUCAUCUUCUGUAGCAUUUGUCAGGGCCGUAAGAGAACUACUACAGACCUCUGUCUUGUGUUUGAUUGGCCAAAGAACUUCUCUGUUGCUGCAUCAAAUGUCCUCCCUUCCCCCCCAAGAUUCCUUCUGGAAUCUGUGCAUCAAAUAAGCUAUUUUCUAGGGUGAUCAUUUUUUCUAGUACUCAAUACUAGGCUAGUACUUGUGUUUUUUUAGUACGGUCUCUUAAGGAAGCAUAUAUAACUUCAAAGCCACACAAAUAUUUUAGGUAUAUGAAGACCAAGGGGUAGAAACUUAGUGACUUGCCUUCACUCAUGCAAAGGAUGCUUAAUUGGAACAAGCUGUUAGCAUUUUAAAUGUUUUGCAAAAUGAGAAGGAAUUGAUAUCAGUUUCUACUUGAAGUCUAAAGCUCUGUUUUUUUCACUAAUGUGUUCAGUUCUCAGCUGGAAAAUUUCAAAAUUUCGGGAGGUAAAAUUAAAAUGUUGAGCAGAGUGUUAGAGUCAUUAAUUUUAGGAGGAAAUUUUUUCCUUGGAUAGUGGUGAGUCACUGGAACAGGUUGCACAGUGUGUGGAUGCUCCAUCCCUGUAGGCAUUCAAGGCCAGGUUGGGUGGUUCCCUGGGCAGCUUGUUCUGAAGGGUGGCAGCUCUGCCUGUGGCAGGGGAGUUGAAACUGGAUGGUAUUUAGAGUCCCUUCCAACCCAAGCAAGCCAUUAUAUGAUUCUAUUCCAUGAUUCUAUGAUAAUUCAGUCAUAUUCUGCAUGUGUGUUUUAAAAAUAGCAUUGAAAAUUUUACAAAAAUCUCAUUCAGAUGAGACUGUAGGCUACAAAAUAUGCUUUUAAAGUUUAUAUUGAUUCUUAUUCUGUAGUAAAGCAUUUUACAACUCAGGUUUUUAUUUUUACCUAGAGUAAUUGUUUUAAAAAAAAAAGAAAAAAUUGAAGUAUCUUAGUGUGUAUAGAAAACUAAUCAUCAUAAUAAUAUUGUUUGUAAAAAAAAAAAGGCAACUAAAUUUUGUAUUGCAUAAACUGUUUGUUUAAAAGUUAUUGCUAUUACAAUGUUAUGUAAUUAAUUAGCUUUGUAAAUACUUAAAACUCCAACUCAGCCAACUGCAGUAUCAGUGCCUGAAGUGUUGCAACUUCAAGCGAUGUUAUAAGUGACAGAUGUAGCAUCAGUGUUGAAAUACUCAAUUGUGGGAGACAAAUGUCAUGUAUAUGUUUGAAAGCGCAAUAAAGGGUUAAUUUACCAUGUUGUAUUAAA